AUGAAAUCCGCAUCCUUCAUUGCAUUGGGGGCCAGUUUGGCAAUUACUAGUGCUAUUCCUGUCGAGGGAGUAGAAGGCGGCAUGGUAGUACAAGGUGGGAACGCUGAUACUCGGUUCGGAAUGUUUUUCAAACCAAUCAAGAAUAUCCUCCAAACAGCAGCCGGGGAAGAAAAUAGUGCAGCCAAAAGCGCCAAUACUGAGGAUGAAUCAAAUGACGAAGAUUCACCCGAGGUUUCCGGGUCCGGGGUCAUUGUCGCCGAAGUGCUUCCUGAGCCUUCCAUCCGAGAAGAAAUCAUGAUCGUGGAGACCAUUCCCACGGCACCCGAACUCGUGAUGUCGGGUUUGAUGAAUAUGCUAUCCCCGCAACGAAUCUCACCGCCUUCACUGGUCAGACAGGAAUCUGUUAUGGAAGAGAUUCUAGAGGAAAUUAGACAUAGCGAAUUUGGUGGGGAAGACAACUUAAAUCUGUGUGUAUUACCUUCAGCGACUCUCACAGCACUUAAAUGA